UGACGCGCCCCGAGGCGAUUGCCCUUACCUGUCGAGCCGCCAUGAGGGGCUGCCGGCGGAGCGCGGGGCCGAGGGGCCGCGGCGGGGAGGCCGCUGAUUCCGGUGCCGCGGCGGGGCGCGGCGCCCGGGAGGAGGAGUACGUGGUGGGGCAGGUGGCGAGCAGCCUCGGGCCGGUCGGGGCUGCCGCCUCACCGCUCGCGCGCCUCUUCGCCGCCGCCUCCCCGCCGGUGCUCGUGGCCGUGAAGGGGGAAAAUAAGAAAAGAAAGCAUACAGAAGAAGAGGAGAAAGUGUCAGAAGACCAGAGCUCAUCUGUCAUACAAGAACCUCAUAUAAAGGCAAAGAAAGCCAGAAAAGCGAAGAAGGAACUUUCAAAAGCAGAGGAAAAAUUGGCAGACAGAGAGCAUGCUUUGGAACAGGCAGAUGAAGAGGAGAAGCAAAAACUGGUUCAAAACAAAGUGAAGAAAAAAAAAAGGGCGGCUCGUGCCAUCACCAAAAGUGCUGUCAAUUCAGAUACAGGCACUACUGUAAAACAGCAGAAGGAAAAAAAGGUGGCUGAUGAAUCAGUAGACAGAAGAACAGUGUUUGUUGGAAACUUGCCUGUCAGCUGUACUGUUCAGGCACUGAAAUCUGUUUUUAAAGAGUAUGGACAAAUAAAAUCCAUUCGAUUCCGGUCUUUGGUUCCAGCAGAAGAUACAUUAUCCAAAAAGUUAGCAGCAAUAAAGCAUAAGGUGCACCCUAAUGCGAAGUUUGUUAAUGCUUAUGUUGUAUUUAAGGAAGAAUGUGAUGCCAUUAAGGCUCUAAAGAAAAACGGAACAGAAAUUGCUAGUGGAUUUCACAUCAGAGUUGACAUUGCAUCAAAAAACAGUCUGCAUGACAAUAAACGGUCUGUAUUCUUGGGAAAUCUCUCAUAUGACAUCAGUGACGAUGCCGUGCGAGAACACUUCUCUGUCUGUGGAGGCAUAGUAGCAGUGCGAAUUGUGAGAGACAGAAAGACCGGCUUGGGUAAAGGCUUCGGCUACGUUCUUUUUGAGCUUGGAAGACCAGUUCUGUGGAAGCAAACACAAAGCGUCUGUUUUAGGUUGUAUACAAAGAAACGUUGUAAAACAUUGGGGUGAAUGAAGUUGCCUUUAAGGGAAGGACUUAAAGGAGGGACAGAUAAGUUUCCUUGGUUGAACUACAGUGUUCUCUCAUUUCUUAUGUGUCAAAAUGAGUGGAAUUCUUUGCUGCAGCUGGUUUUGCUUACUGUCUCUCUGCUUUGGAUGCAGUACAGCUUGCUUCCUCACAGCAGUCUCCCAGCCUUGUCUUCCUUAGUUUAUUUCCUGCAGCCCAAUACCUUCCCUCCCCCCCACCCCCCAGUUUCUCCUUCCUCUCUCCGCCUCUGUUCCACAUCUCAUGUAAGCUGUUCUAGAGCCCGUUUUCAGUAGCUGUGCCUCGAUGCGUGAGCUGUGUGGGUGUGCCAUUUUUUUCUGAGCCCAGCAGAGAUGCGUCAUUCAAUAAAUAGAGCAGUUUGAGUGUUCUUGAUUGUGAAAUUUUGCCUACAAAAAAUGAAAGACGGGCAACUAUUUGGAAGCAAUCAAGUGGAAGUAAUGCUGCUUUUUAACUGAAGGUCUGUUCUUGUAGAAUACGGAUGCUGUACAUCUUGCUCUGAAACUCAACGAAACUGGUCUGAUGGGAAGAAAGAUACGGGUGAAGCGCUGUGGAGAGAAGUGGAAAGCACCACAGAAAAGUCCACCUGGGUCUCGUGCUCCUAAGGACAGAGCUGAUACCACGUUAAAAAACAAGAGGUGCUCUAAUGAUUCGUUUGUUGGUGAAAAAGCAAU